AUGCAAGUUACUGUUUGGCGUGCUGCGCAAGGCUCGUGUUCUGGGCUGACGCCGGACAGCACUGGUUUUGAUGAGGCAACUAUCAGAAAUUCACUUGACCCAUCGGUUGCGGAAAAAUUGUCUUUGAUGGAGUUUUUCAACUUUUAUAAGGAUAUCAUUGAGCGAGUAGAUCGGCUAGCUGAGGAAGAUUACAAACGACAGGCAGCACUACACGGUCUUCAGCCACAGCCCCCAGUCAGAAGAGGCAAGGUUUUGCAAACGAGUGACGAUUUCAUUCGCACAUUACUUGGUGCUAAUUACUGGCCGACUAGUCCGAGUUGUCCAGCAAAAGAAUCAUCACGCCCGAAAGUUGAUUCUGUUCGCCCACAGGUUGUUACAAAUGACACGUCGGCUAGUUCUGAUCAUCCUCCGAUUGAUACAAAGGAUUCGUGCAAUUAUUCUGCCCAAAACAAGCAGAACCUCGUCAAAAAAGGCCCAUCUACUCCAAAUAGAAGAAGAUAUGCACGAAAAAAGGUGUCUCGAACUACUUCUCUGCCCACCAUCGAGGAAUCGUGUGAAUUAUCAUUCAGUGAAGUGAAUGAUUCGCCAAAAAAUCUCGACACGGAAAAGCAUUCAAAUGAUGCGGCAUCCUUGCUCUCAGCAGCUAAGGGCAAAUCACACGCAGGUCUUGAAACAACUCUUGUUAAGAACGAGAAUGUAGAUUCUCUUAAUAAUAUUGAGAACAUCAACACGAAAUGCAACGAUAAAACGCUUGCAAAAGAAUUUCCACAAUCCUGCUCGUCAUACACGGCUGUUGCAAUAGCGCUCAUAUACGGCCAGAAGUUGUUCGCUGGCAGUCUUGGCGAUUCGAGGGUCAUCCUGAUUCGAGAGAAGAAUCAGCAUCUGCAUGUUGUUCAUGUGAACGAGCCACCGUAUCCUUGGUAUCCUGUAAGCUUUAUUUUUUGGUUAAUUUUGAUGUCUGCUAAUUGCAUAUUUCGACUAAUCUCUCUUAAUUGGUUGAUUUCAUAA